AUGGGGAACCAUUCUAAAUGUACGAUAUCAAUCACACCCCCAGAUAUCAAAGACGUGUUCCGUAUAAAUUCUAAACCCUCAAAUAAUACCUUAAUAGUCGAAUUUACAUUUAUUAUAAUGAAAGAAAGGUUUUUGAGUGGAUUAAGACAAUUUAACAAGAAACAUAAUGACGGUGGUUUACUCAGUACACAUCACUUGAAAACAGAUGGCCCGAAGUUACAGAUAUUUGUAUCUGAAAAUUUAUCAAAAAAAAAUCAUUUUUAUUUAGCCAGAGAGUUUAAAAAAACUCACAAAUACAAAUACCGUUGGACUUCAUUUAGAAGAAUAUACCUCCUUCAAGAUGAUGGCUCUCCUCUUAUUUGAAUUCAAUGAAAGCUAGAUUUGGCAAAAUU